AUGGCGAAUGAAAACUUAGCGGGACCGAGUUCUUGUGCCCCGCUGUUGAGUUCUUCAUCGGAAUUAGAUGAAGACGAAGAUAAAAUGACACAGCAUACGAAAAAACGUCGAAGGCAAAAUAAAGUUUGGGUUUUUGAAAGAAAAUUUAUAACUGUGCGGAGCGCAGAGGAAUUUAUCAAAAAUGAGAAGACCUGGUCAAUACAAAAAAUUCAUACGACUGAAGAAGGAGUAAAACGUUACUCUCGUUGUAACAAAGUAAAGCUUCGAGCUGAAAUUCAGUGUUCUGCUGCGAUUUAUCUUUUAUUUGACGCAUCAUGUGAUGAUAUAUUAUUAUUUCGUACUGAAACAUGUCACGACCAUGAAAAUUGUGACUGUCAAUCGACUAGUGGAAUAAAUGAUGCAACAAAAAAGGAAAUAGAAAAACUAUUCGAACUGCGUUUGAAACCUAAAUCUAUUAUGAAGAACUUAGCUAAAAUUAAUGGACUAGUUCUGCCGACUAAGUUACAGUUAAACAAUUAUCUUAAAAUCAUACGUAAGAAAAAAUACGGGCCAUCGGUGAUAAGCUUGGGACAGCUUAAAUUAUGGUUAAAAGGAAACUCUGAAAUACCUGAUGACGAUCACGAAUUUUUUGUUUUGGCCUAUGAAAUUUCUGAAGAUGAUUUAGAUCAGAACUUCCGGUUUAUGUUAACAACGAAAUAUUUAAUUGGUCUAUCACGCCAAUGUUUUGUUCUUCACGCGGAUGCUACGUAUAAGCUCAUUUGGCAAGGGUUUCCAGUACUUGUGAUUGGAACUACAGACAGAGAUAAACAUUUUCACCCAUUUGGAUUAGCUGUGACAACAGCAGAACGAACGGAAGACUUCAUAUUUUUAUUUUCCGCAUUAAAGCAAGCAGUUUUUUCAAUCUUCUCAUACACUUUAACUUGUAGU